AAGACUGUAGGUUUCACAACAGGCCGGAAACCCAGAGGGUAACACACAGAUGUGAUCGCCGUGAACCCCUGUUCUUUGUUGUUUCUCACACUUUCAAGAACAUUCAGCUUCUUUUGAUCAAAUAAUUUUAAAACAGGAUAGCCGGAUCACAUUCCUGCUGCAGACCUUUAAAUAUUUGCAGAGUGACAAAGACGGAUCAAAGAGAGGCGUGGAAAAUCGAGGAGGAAAACAGGAACAGAGGGAGAGAGAGAGAGAGAGAGACUGAGAGAGAGAGAAGCAACAGAAGAUGGAGAGCGUUUUAUCGGAUCAGUCAGCCAGCGUGGAAGAACUGGUGGAAGCCUGCAUCAAAGCUUUCGAUGAUGAAGGAACGCUUAAGGACGCCUCUUCGGUGCGGAUGUUCCUCAUGAUGCAUCCUUGGUACAUUUCCUCCUCAGACUUUGCCAAGAAACUCCUUCACAAGUCUCAGAAUUGCUCUGCUGGUUGCUGCUCUCAGAUUUGUCAUCUUGUCAAGUACUGGAUGAGCGAGUUCCCAGCUGAGUUUGACCUGAACCCAGAGCUGGCAGAGCAGAUCCGCUGUCUAAAAGAGUUGCUUGUGCAGAACGGUGAUGUGAGGCGAAGUCUACUCAUAGAUAUAGACAGUGUCCCAUCAUACGAGUGGAAGCGGCAGGUGACCUCGAGCAUUCAGAAGAAAAGUAAAACCUCUCUGCUGUUUGACCAUUUGGACUCCUCGACCCUGGCCGAGCACCUGACCUACAUGGAGUACAAAUCCUUCUGCAAGAUCCUGUUCCAGGACUACCACAGCUUUGUGAUGCAGGGCUGCACUGUAGAUAACCCCAUCCUGGAGCGCUUCAUCACUCUCUUCAACAGGGUGUCACAGUGGAUCCAAAUGAUGGUGCUCAGUAAACCUACGGCCCAGCAGAGAGCUACUGUCAUUGGUGACUUCAUUAAAGUGGCCCAGAGGUUGCUGGAGCUGCAGAACUUUAACACUCUAAUGGCAGUGGUAGGGGGUCUGAGUAACAGCUCAAUUUCCAGACUGAAAGACACUCAGGCUCUGAUUAGUAGUGAUACUCAAAAGGUAUUUGAGGGCCUUGUGGAGUUGAUCACAUCCAGUGCAAAUUACAGCCGUUAUCGACAGCGCUUUUCAGAGUGCACCGGCUUCCGUUUUCCCAUCCUGGGUGUCCACCUGAAAGACUUGAUUGCUGUUCAUGUGGCCCUUCCUGACUGGGCUGACCCGGAGAAAACCCAGGUCAACCUCACCAAAACACAGCAACUCUACACCAUCCUGCAGGAGCUGGCACUGAUCCAGGCGACGCCGCCUGAAAUCGAUGCUAGCCCAGAUCUCCUCAACCUGCUCAUUGUGUCUCUGGACCAGUACCACACAGAGGAAGAGAUCUAUCAGCUUUCACUGCAGAGAGAACCACGCAGCCUGAAAUUAUCGGCAUCCAACUCGAAGCCAGAAUCUCCUUUAAUAGAGCAGUGGGCGUCUUCGGUCAAACCCAAGGCUGAUCCAGUGAUCAUCAACAAACAUAUAGAGAAGAUGGUGGAGUCUGUAUUUAAAACCUUUGACACGGAUGGCGAUGGCUACAUCACUCAAGAGGAGUUUGAAAGCAUCAGGAGCAACUUUCCGUACCUCAGCAAGUUUGAUGACCGUGAACACAAGCAGGAUAGCAGAAUUAGCCGAGAGGAGAUGAUUGAGUAUUUCGCCAAGGCUAACUCUAUGGUGAACUGUAAGAUGGGUUUUGUGCACACAUUCACUGCCAUGAACUGCUUCAAGCCCACAGUCUGCCAGCAGUGCUCAGGCAUUAUGUGGGGAUUUUACAAGCAAAGGUACAAAUGCAAAGUGUGUGGUGUUAGCUGUCAUAAAGACUGCUGUCCUCGUUUGGCUGUUGAGUGUCGAAAACGGACGAAGAGCAUCAGCUUUGACAGCACCGCUCCACGCAUUACCCGUUCUUUCAGCUUGCCUCCUUCUACUAGACAAAACUCCAAACCAAAGUGUGCAGUCAUCACAGAAGAGACUCCGGAGAAUGUAGACCAGGAGGUGUUUGAUGAUUAUCUUUGAGAAGGAACUGACUGUGUCUGUAAAGCUGUAGAGUCCAUCAUAUAACUCAGUCUUCGAUCGUCUCCACGCCCUGAAACUGUGCGUGUUUGAAGUUAUGACAUGGUCCACACUUCCCAUGGUGAAUAUUGCCACUCAUUUCCCUCUCACUGGCCACUUUAAGAUCUUCAACUGUCCAGUUUCAGUGCUCACUGUAUCCUCAGAUUCCAGUCCUUGGCUGAUAGGAGUGGAACCGGAUGCAGGCUUCUAUUGUUUCCUCAAGGUUUGGACUGUGAGAUGCUUUUCUGCUCACCACAGCUGUACAGAGUGGCUAUUUCAGUUACUUUCAGCACUUCCUUUUAGCAUGACCCAGUCUAUUCGUUCUCAUUUGACAAUAAUUGCUGCUCUUAAGAUUUUUUUGUGUGUGCUUCAAUUCUCUGCAAACUCUACAAACUACUGUGCAUGAAAAUCUUACAUUUCUGAAAUCCCAGCUAUGACAUGAUCAAAGUCACUGAAUCACAUCAUUUUCCUAUUCUGAUAUUAGACGUGACUAUUAACUGAAGCUCUUUGACCUGUAUCUGCAUGAUUUUAUGCAUUGCAACGAUGCCAGCUAAUCGGCUGAUUGCAUAAAUGCAUGAAUGAGUAUGUGUACAAGUGUUCCUAUCAAAGUGGCCAGUGAGUGUGCAAGUAUUUUAAAAAAUACUGUAAUGUUUUUAUAUUUUACUGCAUUGGAAUGAUUUCUGAAUUGUGAGCUUAAAAAAAAACAGUCUCUAAAUAGUUGCUUUUGAAAGUUUUUUUCCUUGAAACUAUAAUGUUGCAGGAUGCUCUGUUUCCCCCCCUUCAUCUGAUAUUGUAACUCUGAAUAAAUCGACAAAGCGACAUUUUAUUUCAUUAAAGUAUGUGAAUUUACAGCCACAAGGUCACAUGAAUGACAUUUCCUCCACGUACAAUGGCCCUCAGCUUGAUAUUUCUUGUCUGAUCCUGUGCACUGACCGCCAGUAGGGGGCACUGUUGACACAGCUGGAUUUGUAUCUCCUCCAUGUCCCUGCACAUACAUCUGUGUGAUCAUGACGUAUAUGUGAAUUGCUUCAACUGAAUUUACAAGUGUUAACAUUAAAGGUUUGUUUCUGUAUUAAA